AUGGCGACCGUGGUGGUGGAAGCGGAGCCGGACCCGUCUUGUAGCAUCCCCAACCCCGCGUCCCCCUCGCCCAGCCUCUCGCACCGCUUCCUCGACAGCAAAUUCUACCUGCUGGUGGUCAUCGGCGAGCUCGUGACCGAGGAGCACCUGAGGCGAGCCAUCGGCAACAUCGAGCGAGGAAUCCGAUCAUGGGACACGAAUCUGGUUGAAUGCAACUUAGACCAAGAACUGAAACUUUUUGUGUCUCGCCAUUCAGCUCGGUUUUCUCCUGAAGUUCGAGGUCAGAAAAUCCUUCACCACAGAAGUGAUGUCUUAGAAACAGUAGUCCUGAUUAACCCUUCAGAUGAAGCAGUUAGUACUGAGGUGCGCUUAAUGAUCACAGAUGCUGCAAGACACAAGCUUCUUGUACUAACUGGCCAGUGCUUUGAAAACACAGGAGAGCUCAUUCUCCAAUCAGGAUCUUUCUCGUUCCAGAACUUCAUUGAGAUCUUCACUGACCAAGAGAUUGGUGAAUUAUUGAGUACUACACACCCUGCCAACAAAGCCAGUUUAACUCUGUUUUGCCCUGAGGAAGGGGAUUGGAAAAAUUCAAACCUUGACAGACAUAACCUUCAAGACUUCAUCAACAUUAAGCUCAACUCAGCAUCCAUAUUGCCUGAAAUGGAAGGACUUUCUGAAUUCACAGAGUAUCUGUCAGAGUCAGUAGAAGUGCCAUCACCCUUUGACAUUUUGGAACCGCCAACAUCUGGAGGUUUCUUGAAACUCUCAAAACCCUGCUGUUAUAUUUUCCCAGGUGGAAGAGGGGACUCUGCAUUGUUUGCAGUGAACGGAUUCAAUAUGCUUAUUAAUGGGGGAUCUGAAAGAAAAUCUUGCUUCUGGAAACUUAUCCGACAUUUAGACAGAGUGGAUUCCAUUCUGCUCACCCACAUUGGGGAUGAUAAUCUACCAGGAAUCAAUAGCAUGCUUCAACGAAAGAUAGCUGAGUUAGAAGAGGAACAGUCACAAGGUUCUACUACCAACAGUGACUGGAUGAAAAAUCUGAUCUCACCUGAUUUAGGAGUUGUAUUCCUCAAUGUUCCUGAAAAUCUGAAAAACCCUGAUCCUAAUUUUAGGGUAAAAAGAAGCAUAGAAGAAGCUUGUUUCACUCUCCAGUAUUUAAAUAAGUUGUCUAUGAAACCAGAACCUCUCUUUAGAAGCAUAGGAAAUACCAUUGACCCUAUCAUUUUAUUUCAAAAAAUGGGAGUAGGCAAACUUGAAAUGUAUGUGCUCAAUCCAGUCAAAAACAGCAAAGAGAUGCAGUAUUUUAUGCAGCAGUGGACUAGUACAAGUAAAGAUAAAGCUGAAUUAUUGCUGCCAAAUGGUCAGGAAGUAGAUAUUCCAGUAUCCUAUUUGACCUCAGUCUCAUCACUGAUUGUAUGGCAUCCAGCAAAUCCUGCAGAAAAAAUAAUCAGAGUUUUGUUUCCAGGAAACAGUACCCAGUAUAACAUACUAGAAGGACUGGAAAAACUCAAACAUUUAGAUUUCCUUAAACAACCAAUGGUUACACAGAAAGACCUUACUGGUAACAUACCUAGCCCAGCAGUGAAACAAGCAAAGCUGAAACAGCGAGCGGACAGCAAGGAAAGUCUCAAACCUGCCACAAAGACACUAUCAACCAAGACUGUCAGAAAAGAAUCUAAAGAAGAAGCAUCUGAACCAGCAAAGCCUAGUCCUCCAGAAAAGCCUCAGAAAGUAGAAAGCAAGGAAAAGACUACAGUAAAAAAGGAAAAACCAGCAAAAGCAGAGACAAAAUCUUCAGUAACAGAAAAAGAUAUGACCGCUAAGGAGGAGCAGCUAGUGAAAUCCGAAAUUGCUGAAAAACAAGCAGCAGAUGUCAAACCAAAAGUUGCAAAGGAGAAGCAUGUGAAAAAGGAAACGAAAGUAAAAUCUGAAGAAAAGAGAGAGGAAAAAGAAAAACCAAAGAAAGAGGUUUCUAAGAAAGAGGAGAAAACACCUACCAAGAAAGAGGAAAAACCUAAAAAGGAAGAAAUCAAGAAAGAAGCGAAAAAGGAAGUGAAAAAGGAAGAGAGAAAAGAGUCUAAAAAAGAAUUAAAAAAAGAAACUCCCCAAAAGGAAGCGAAAAAGGAAGCUAAAAAAGAAGAGAAAAAGGAAAUUAAAAAGGAAGAAAAAGAAUCCAAAAAAGACACCAAAAAGCUUCCAAAAGAAACAAAGAAAACACUUGCUCCUUCAACUGAAGCCCGAAAGCCUGUGACAAAACCUAAAGCACAAAAGAAAGAGGAAUCUGUUAAAAAGGAAGCUGGGCCUGUUGGAAAAUCAAAGGAAAAAGGCAAAAUUAAGACAGUAAAGAAAGAGAGCAAGGUCAAUGAAACACAAGCUGCUGUGGCUGCAGUGGGAGCGGUUGCCGCAGCAGCAGCAGCUGCUGGAGUAGUAGCUAAUGGAAAAGAGCUUGAAGCUGAGAGAUCCCUUAUGUCUUCACCAGAGGAUUUAACAAAAGACUUUGAAGAAUUAAAGGCUGAAGAAGUAGAAAUAGUAAAGGAAACAAAGCCUCAGGUAGGGUUAAUAGAAGGUGAAGGGAAACUAGCUGACUCAGAACAAAAGGAAGCACAUGAAAUCCAGAAAGAAAAAGUAGAUUCUGAAGGACCUGCUGACUCUCCUGAUGAAGGCAUAACGACCACUGAAGCUGAGGGUGAAUGUGAACAGACACCUGAAGAGCUGGAGCCUGUAGAAAAGCACAGGGUUGAUGACAAUGAAAAAUUUGAAGAUGAAGGAACUGGUUUUGAGGAAUCAUCUGAAGCAGGUGAUUAUGAAGAAAAGGCAGAGACUGAGGAGGCUGAGGAACAAGAUGAAGAUGAGGAAGAAAAAGCAACACUGGGCAUCACAAAACGGGAUAUUGGCAUGGCAAGAGAAAUGGGAGAGACUGAAGCUGAUAAACAUGCUAAAACUAAAGAUAAAUAUGUUGAAAAGGCAGAAUCUGAGGCAGGGGAUGAGCGAGCUGAAGAAGAUAUGGAAGAGACAGUUGAAAAGGCAGAAACUGAAGAAGAAGCUGAGGAGGAAGACAAAAUGGAGGAUGUCAGAGAUGAAGAAGCGGAAACUGAAAAAGUUGAAGCUGAAGAAGAUUAUGUUAUGGCUGUGGUAGACAAAGCUGCAGAGGCUGGUGAAGUUGAAGAUAAAUAUGGCUUACUCAUAAUCACACCAACUAAACACUCUGAACCUCAGUCCCCAGCUGUUGAACCAGCAUCUUCUAUUCAUGAUGAGACUUUACCUGGGGGUUCAGAAAGUGAAGCAACUGUUUCUGAUGAAGAAAAUAGAGAAGACCAACAUGAGGAAUUCACUGCUACUUCAGGUUAUACUCAGUCUACCAUUGAAAUUUCUAGUGAGCCAACACCAAUGGAUGAAAUGUCAACUCCUCGGGAUAUCAUGAGUGAUGAAACGAACAACGAAGAAAGUGAAUCACCUUCUCAAGAAUUUGUAAACAUUACUAAGUAUGAGACAUCACUGUAUUCUCAAGAAUAUACUAGACCUAAACUCUCUCCACUUCAUGAUGCUUUCAAUGGUUUAUCUGAAGGAUCAAAAACAGAUGCCACAGAAGGUAAAGAUUAUAAUGCUUCAGCUUCUACUCUCUCACCCCCUUCUUCAUUAGAGGAAGACAGAGUCUGCAAAUCUUCCUUUCAAGAAAUGUACCAUCAAAGAGAAAAUGAAAUCAAAAGUACUGUUAAAUUACAAAUCAAAGAUACCUUUUCACAGGCAUUUGAUGAAAAGUAUAGCUCAGCUAAGAGUCCAGUUCAGAGUCCAUCACCUCCGUCACCAGUUGCUAAAACACCACUAAGUGAACGUAGUGUGAACUUUUCCCUGACUCCCAAUGAGAUUAAGGCAUCAAUUGAACCUGUAGUGCUCACUGCAUUGCCUGACGAACAUCCAGAAGUUAUUGAAGAGCACUGUGUCAGCCCUGAUGAUAAAACAUUAGAAGUGGCGUCUCCUGCACAAUCUGUUGCUGGUAGUGCAGGCCACACACCUUAUUAUCAGUCUCCCACUGAUGAAAAGACCAGCCGACUUCCUUCUGAACUCAUUGAAAAGGCAGCAGAGGCUCCGGUUAGUUUUGAAUUUAGUGAUGCCAAAGAUGAGACUGCAAAACCCAGAAUAAGCCCUAUGGAUGAGCCUGUGCCAGACUCAGAAUCGCCUAUUGAAAAAGUUCUCUCUCCUUUACGAAGUCCACCUUUGAUAGGUUCAGAGUCUUCAUAUGAUACAUUUUUGACUGCCGAUGUAAAGUCAACUGCCAGACCGACUGAGAGUCAUUUUGAGGAGAAAAGUGAAAAAGAAGAGUCCCCUGUUCAGAUAAGCCCAGUUUCUGAAGUCACCUCUGUGGAUCUUUUCCAAGGACAGCAAGAUGAAAAAAGUAUGGCAUUUAUGCCAGCUAAAGGUUUUGGUCUAGAAAAGAAUAUGGAGGAUAUUGAAGCUACCAGUUCUCAGUCUCCACUGGUUUUGGAUGAAAGGAAGCUAGCAGGAGAUGUCUCUCCUACACAAAUAGAUGUUAGCCAGUUUGGAUCCUUUAAAGAAGACACCAAAAUGUCAAUAUCUGAAGGUACAGUCUCUGACAAAUCUGCAACUCCUGUUGAUGACGUUGUAGCAGAAGACACAUAUUCACAUAUAGAAGGAGUUGCUUCUGUCUCCACAGCCUCUGUUGCUACUAGUUCAUUUCCAGAGCCAACUACGGAUGAUGUUUCUCCUUCUUUACAUGCUGAGGUUGGAUCACCACAUUCUACAGAAGUUGAUGAUUCUCUUUCUGUAUCUGUUGUACAAACACCAACAAUUUUUCAGGAAACAGAAAUGUCUCCAUCUAAAGAAGAAUGUCCGAGACCCAUGUCAAUUUCUCCACCAGAUUUUUCACCUAAAACUGCAAAAUCAAGAACACCAGUGCAAGACCACAGAUCUCCUGAGCGGUCAGCUAUGUCAGUAGAAUUCAGUCAGGAGUCCCCUGAGCAGUCUUUGGCAAUGGACUUUAGUAGACAAUCUCCAGAACAUCCCACAGUAGGCACUAGCGUACACCAUAUAUCUGAAAAUGGACCAACUGAAGUAGAUUAUAGCCCUUCAGAGAUACAGGAACCUACUUUUUCACAUAAGAUAUCACCUGUGGAGCAGACAUGUUAUACUCAAGAAAAGGAUCUUUCAGAGAUUAUUUCAGUAUCUCAGAUUGAAGCUUCACCCUCAACUUCAUCAGAACAUACACCUUCACAGAUAGCUUCUCCACUGCAAGAGGAAACACUCUCAGGUGUCAUGCCACCCAGAGAUAUGCCGCUGCAUUCUUCAUUUACCUCAGAAAAGAUGCAGAGCCUAGGAGAAAAGCUUUCACCAAAGUCUGAUUUAUCUCCUUUAACUACAAGAGAAUCCUCUCCUUUAUACUCUCCUAGUUUUUCAGAUUCACCUCCUGCGAUCAAAGAAACAACUGCUGCUUGUCACUCACCAUCACUAUCACUUCAUGUGUCCUCAGAUAAAAUAUUUGGUUACCAUACCUCAGUAACACAUGACACAAUACAAGACUCUCUAACAAAACAUAGUCCAGAGCCUUUAGCCUCCACAGAAAAAGAUGAAGCUGAAAAAAUCACAAGAUCACCAGAGGCUGUUAGUUAUUCCUAUGAGACAACUGGGGAAACCACCAAGUUCCCUGAAGCUCCUAGUUAUUCCUAUGGGGCAGCAGAGAAAACCACUAGAUCACCAGAUGCCAUUAGUUACUCCUAUGAGACAACAGAAAAAACCAUCAGGUCACCUGAAGCCAUGGAUUAUUUUUAUGAGAGAACUGGAAAAACCACCAGGUCACCUGAGGCUAGUAGUUACUCCUAUGAGCCAACAGAGAAAACCACCAGGUCACCUGAAGCCAUGGAUUAUUCCUGUGAGAGAACUGGGAAAACCACCAGGUCACCUGAAGUCAUAGAAUACUCCUAUGAACCAACAGAGAAAACCACCAGGACACCUGAAGCUGUGGAAUACUCCUAUGAGAGAACUGGGAAAACCACCAGGUCACCUGAGGCUGUAAGUUACUCCUAUGAGCCAACAGAGAAAACCACCAGGUCACCUGAAGCCAUGGAUUACUCCUUUGAAACAACUGGGAAAUCAACGAGAUCACCUGAGGUUAUUGGUUUUGCCUAUGAGACACCUGGGAAAACCACGAGGUCACCUGAGGCUGUUAGUUACUCCUAUAAGACAGACGUACAUUUUGCUGCAGAAAAAUCAUCUCUAGCAGAAACCCGUCAAGAUGUCGAUUUAUGCCUUGUGUCUUCCUGUGAAUACAAGCAUCCCAAAACUGAACUUUCACCCUCGUUUAUCAACCCGAAUCCCCUGGAGUGGUUUGCAAGUGAAGAACAGUCUCAAGAACAAGAAAAGCCAUUAACCCAGUCUGGAGGAGCCCAGCCACCUUCAGGAGGAAAACAGCAAGCACGCCAGUGUGAUGAAACUCCUCCCACCUCAGUAAGCGAGUCUGCUCCGUCUCAGACUGAUUCAGAUGUUCCCCCAGAGACUGAAGAAUGCCCUUCUAUUACUGCAGACGCUAACAUUGACUCAGAAGAUGAAUCUGAAACCAUUCCAACUGAUAAAACAAUUACAUACAAACAUAUUGACCCUCCACCAGUCCCAAUGCAAGACCGCAGUCCUUCACCCCGGCACCCAGAUGUCUCAAUGGUAGACCCAGAAGCUUUGCCUGUUGAUCAGAACUUAGGCAAACCUUUGAAGAAAGAUCUGAAAGAAAAGACAAAAACUAAAAAGCAGGGUACUAAGACCAAGUCUUCCUCACCUGCCAAAAAAAGUGAUGGUAAAUCAAAGCAGGUGGCUUCACCAAAGCCAGGUGGCUUAAAGGAAUCUUUAGACAAAGUUUCCAGAACAGCUUCUCCAAAGAAGAAAGAGUCUGUGGAGAAAGCAGCAAAAAAUAUCUCUAUUCCAGAAGUAAAAUCUUCCCGUGUUGAGGAAAAAGAUAAGGAGGCCAAGAAUGCAACAAAUUCCACAACAUCAAAGUCUGCAAAGACUGCAACUUCAGGAUCUGGAAAUAGCAAACCAGCAAAAUCCACAGCUGUGCCUCCAGGACCUCCAGUGUACUUGGACCUGGUAUAUAUUCCCAACCACAGUAAUAGCAAGAAUGUCGAUGUAGAGUUUUUCAAGAGGGUGAGGUCAUCCUACUACGUGGUGAGUGGGAAUGAUCCUGCAGCUGAAGAACCAAGCAGGGCUGUUCUGGACUCCCUGCUGGAGGGCAAGGCUCAGUGGGGAAGUAACAUGCAGGUGACCUUAAUCCCAACCCAUGAUUCAGAAGUGAUGAGGGAAUGGUACCAAGAGACCCAUGAGAAACAGCAGGACCUCAACAUCAUGGUUUUGGCAAGCAGCAGCACUGUUGUUAUGCAAGAUGAAUCUUUCCCUGCAUGCAAGAUUGAACUGUAG